AUGCUUAUCUGUGCUCGAUCCAAUUGUCGAAAACCAGUUUAUAUAGAAUCGGAUGGAUAUACACAUCCAUAUUGUGGUAAAACUUGUGCAUCAGUAGCCAUAUCUGUAGCAAUCAAUACUAUAGGAAAAUGUUCCUAUAGUUUUUGUCGUCGGCCAAGAUAUAUGGAUGCUGAUGGAAAAAUUUUUGAUUAUUGUGGAAGAACUUGUGCGAAUAGAUUAGAAAAAGGAGACGAAAACCAAUGUCAACAAUUUAUUGAUCUCAUCGAACCUACAAAAUAUUAUUCAUUUUGUAAUCGCGAAUGUUAUUGGACGGAAAUUAAUGAAUUAACCACAACCAAAAUCACGUUAAUUUCUAAAAUGGAUUUAGAUUAUAUUCAAAUUUCUGAUAAUUUUCUGAAAGUAUUACCUAAUAUUAAAAUUCAAGGAAUUUUAAGAUUACAAAUGCCUAAAAAAAUUGGGGAAGCUCAUUUAAAUUUACGUAAAAAGGAGAAAAUUGUUUAUCAAAUGUAUCACGGAACUUCUGCAAAUUGUGAUCUUAAAAGAUUAAUUAAAUAUCAAAGACCUCAAUGUAAUCUUCCUAUUAGUACUACUGUUGCUACUGGUGGUUGUAAUUUAUUCGGGGGAGGAGUAGAGAGAGUAGGAAAAGCGUGUGGAGUAUGUGGAAUUAUUCGAGAAGGAAAUUCCACCAAACAUUCUAAACAUAAUGGACAAAUGUGGUUCGCAAGACAACCAUCAAUUUCUAUGGGUUAUACAAGUGGUGAAUACAGAGCGAUAUUUUGUGUGGAUGUGGUAACAGGUGAUAAUAGUGAUUACGCAACUAUUAAUUCUAAUGCUGUGAGUAUUCAAUAA